AGUAAUGCAUUUUGCCGAAUUACGUAGUAGAAUUAUGUUGUUACGACUUGCAUUUUAUUUCUUGACCGAGAUUUAUUUCUCGACCGGGAUUUUUUCUCGACCGAGAUUUUUUUCUCGACCGGGAAUUUUUUCUCACAAUAUAUUCGCUUUACUGAACUACCAUCUGCAAAUACUCAAUGAUAAACACGUGUUUCUCAAGUUUGGUUUGCUUUCUGAAAGGAGAUUUUUUUCUCGACCACCUUUUUUCCGAAAUGGCUUGCCAUAAAAUUCGUAAAAAUAAAGUCACAAGAAAGAAAAUUUUAAAGUCACAAGGAAUUGCUCUCACUCCGUCCGGCAAAUCGCUGUUAUAAAGAAAUACUCAAGAUAUUUUUAUGGGCGUUUACAUAUGAGGUAUAAAUACGGUACUUAAAUUUACUUUACUUUACUCAAAUUUAAGAUAUUAAAAAAUAUCCGAUGCUUUCAACACAAAAAAAUUCGCAAUCGGGUUUGUCUCAACAAUGAACCACUUGUGUAAUCGAUAUGACAACAUAAAUGUUGAGAUUACAUGUCAAAUAUCAUCUCUCUCCCCCCCCCACCCCUCAAGAAGUGCUUUUUGACCGUCCCUGUCCACUGUCCAGUCCGUUCACUGGAUCAGUUUAUUAGAAUUUAGAAAAGAUCAUGGCCGACGAGCUAAUCGAACAUUAUAUGAAAGAAGAAUUGGAGGAAGAACGCGGUGCAGUCCUCAAUAAGUUUAACAAAGCUGUUCUCUCAAAAGAGGUUAAUUUAUUGCAGAUCGUGGAAAAGUUAGGACCCUAUCUUACCAAUCAAGAAACAGAUAAAAGAUGCAAGGGAACACAACUGCUGUCCUUGUUGCUUUGUCGACUUGUAACCAAGGAACUCCUCGACAAAGAAGUUACUGUUUUGGUGGAUUUUUUUUGUGAUCGUCUGAAGGAUCAUUUCUAUGUGGUUCCUCACGUCUUUUCUGGUUUACUGGCUUUGGUAAGCUAUCAGGCGAUUCAAGAGGGAUUAGCUCUUAGGAUAGUUCAAGCAAUUUUCAAAGAGAUUCACGUACAGUCAUUAUUACAGGCAGAUCGAUAUAACGUUUUCAUGUUAUUCACUGUACUACUUGAAAAGAAAAUGUCUGAGCUCCAAACACUUGGAACGGAUUUUGUUUUUGGUUAUAUUCAAGCCAUGGACGGAGAGAAGGAUCCAAGAAACUUACUGGUUUGUUUCGAGCUUGUUCAAAUCAUCGUAAAGAGAUUUCCUAUUGACCAUUUGGCCGAAGAUUUGUUCGAAGUGACAUCUUGCUAUUUCCCUAUUGAUUUUACUCCACCUCCCAAUGAUCCCCAUUCCAUAACAAGAGAGCAGCUUAUUUUAGCGCUUCGAAAAUGUCUGGCGUCCACAUCCAUAUUUGCACCUUUUUGCGUUCCGUUGCUGAUUGAAAAGAUAUCCUCCGAUGUGAUUUAUGCCAAGAAAGAUGCUUUGUUGACCCUAGCAUCGUGUGCAAAUGUUUACGAUGCGCGGUUCAUUAGCGAGCAGGUGCCAUCUUUGUGGAAUCAUAUAAAACAAGAGAUAUUCAUGGCAGCCGAACAGUCCGUCGAGGCAGCUUGCUUGGAGGCGAUUCGGAGUAUUAUGCGAAAUAUAGCUUUGGCCGAAGAGCUAAAUCAUGGUGGCACUUUGAACAACAUUUUAACGAAGAUGCUUUCUGAUAUUAAAGGAAAUUUUUUGAAGCAGGAUCAAAAGAUACUCAAAACUUCAGCGAGUAUACUUCAGAAUGCGUCGAUGGCCUCAGAUGUGAUUUGCGGGAAAGUUUUGGAUGAAGUUAUUCCAAUUUUUCUGGAGCAGUUUGAAAUGGUCAAACAGGUCAGCCAUCAAAAGUCCAUCUUGGAUGCGAUGCUUGGUUUCCUACAAGUCGCUAAAGAAUUUGAAGGAAAAGAUUCUUUGAAUUGUCUGAUGAAAUUCAAAGAAAAUCUUCUCGGAUUGUUCUUCUCGUUGCUCGUCAACCAAAAUCCUCUUCAUCGUAGCUCCGGAAUAGCCGGCCUUGUUGCCAUGACAGCCAGUGGAAUUCUGGUGGAAGAUGAGUUGGUAUCGUUCCUCGGUCAUUUGCUCGCGAUAAUGCUUCAAGAUGACGAGAAAAUCGUGAGGCAUGAAACUAAACUAGCAUUGGCUUAUCUUUCUUCCCGAUAUUCUUUCUUGGUUCGUCGUCACGUCAUAGGAAACCUUGUGGAUAGACUUUCUGCGAUAGACGAUUUGCCGAUCCCGAAUGGAAUGAACAAAGUCCCCAUAAGCUCCUGUGUCACCCACGAAGACCUUAUAGACACUUUGACCAUAUUUUGUACCGAACAAGAAAAUAUUGAAUGUAUUUUACCCUGUUUGGUUGACAAUCUUACAAAGUUGUGUAAAGAUGAAAACUCCGUUCAUGAAACAAGCAUCGGCCGGCUAAUUGAUUGUUUGAUUGGAAUUCUUGAAGAUUCUCUAAAGAAAUCAUUCAACGUUCUUGAUUAUUACAAAGACGUUGUCUUCCUUCGCGUGUUAAAACUUGCCGUCACAAAUUCACUGGCAAAUGAGGAAUUCGUUUUCGCUUCGACAGUACUUGAAACAUUUUCCAAAUUGCUGCGGAUAAUUUCGUCUAAGUUGCCUGAGCGUUGCUGUAAUGACAUCAUCUCCAUCGUGUUUGAAGUUUUGGUAGAUGCAAAAUUUGAUAAAAUCGACGAAGCAUUUGAUCAUGAUAUGUUGAACAUGUUGGAUACAUCGUCGCCGUGGCAACGCACACAAUUAGUCAUUCUGUUAAAAUCCGUAUUAUGCAACGUUCCCAAAAAGAUCAUGCAUCCUCGUACUCCAGAGUUGUAUUCACGCUUGCUUAACGUAACUGUGGAAUGUCGUCAUCGACUAACUAAUGUUGAAGCUUCGAAAUGCUUGGCUGGUCUAAUCAACAGAAUACAAGAUGAGAAUGAAGUCGACGUGGAAGUAGGAAAGUGUCUUGAAAAGCUGGAUCCGUUGUUGGAAAAAGAUCGCACUGAAGACGAAAAGUGGAGAGCAACCAUUUCUCUCAUAUGGAUUUCUAAAGCGUUGCUGAUACGAGGUCAUAAUCUGGGGCUGAAACUCGUUGAUAAGUUGCUUAAGUUAUUCGACGAUCAAGUCAUUGGUCAAUGCGCUGCGGAUGGUUUUUACGUCGUCAUGUUGGAUUCUGAUGACGUAAUGGUCAAUGCGUCGUAUGCAAAUAUGAAGCUCAUGUACAAGCAGAGAAUAUUUGUUCAAGUUUCGCCCCUGCUUACUAAUUUAUUUCAUUCAAGUAGAAAAGAAACGAAGCAUCUCUAUCUAUGUGCUCUUUCUCACAUCAUGAACGGGCUUCCAAAACAGGUGUUACUCAGCGAAAUACCAACGUUAUUUCCAUUACUGGUUCAAUCGUUGUCAUGUGACGAAAGCAGCAUCCAAUUGUCCACUCUGAAGACUUUUUAUUCCCUGACGCACGAGCUGCCCACAGUUUUAUCGCAGUAUGUGACGUCACUCGUACCGAGGUACUUACACUUGGCGAGGAAUGCACCAUCCUUGCAAAUGCGUUCUAUGUCUUUAAAAUGUCUCGGUGUUUUGACUGUCCUACCUUAUCACGAAUUGUAUCCGUACAAAAACCAAAUUAUCAAGUCGUUAUCAAAAUGUUUGGACGAUCCCAAAAGAUUGGUGAGGAAAGAGGCAGUGCUGUGUAGAAAUGAAUGGUUUUUGCUCGGCACUAAUGACUGAUUGUUCAUGCAGACGUCAGACGGAAGAAAAUCAUUCCAGGUGCCCCCCCCCCGUUCUUGCCCUCAAUAAAACCUAUACACUCCUAUAGUAAAGGCGUUCCAUAUUUGCGUCGAAUUGGAUGAGUACCUCACAGCAUUGGGAUCUGCUGGAUGCAGGAGCACUAUGCUUCACUUCAAUGGGAAAGAUAAAAUGCUAAAAUUAAGGGAAAUCUCGACAAAUCACAAUGAACGAAGAAUGGGGAACUUUUUUAGAGUUGUGUAAUUUGUUGAAUUGAAAUAUAUUACAUCGAAUUCAUUGA